GUGUUCACGUGUUCCAGCUGAUGUACGGAUGUGAGUGGGAUGAAGAGACUGAAGAGGUCAAAGGUUAUCGGCAGUACGGUUAUGAUGGAGAAGACUUCAUUGCUCUUGACCUGAAGAAAGGAUUGUGGAUUGCUCCAAAACCGCAGGCUGUCAUCACCAAACACAAGUGGGAUCAUGAGAGAGCUAACACAGAAUACUUAAAGAACUACUUCGCCACGGAGUGUCCUGAGUGGCUGAAGAAAUACUACAACUCUGGAAGGAGUUCUCUGAUGAGAAAAGAGUCUCCUUCAGUGUCUUUCCUCCAGAAGUCCUCCUCCUCUCCAAUCAGCUGUCAUGCUACAG